AUGCCUAGACAUAAAGCUAGAAUCCCUCCUCUCACCACUUCGCCUCUUAAGAAGCCCCGACCAUCUAAUGCCCCAAAACCUAAAUAUGCCGAAUAUCUUGAUCCACCGCCCGUGCUGUACCCUGAAUCCUCGUCGUCAAAGAGAAAACGGAGUAAACACGCUUCAGCCACUGGACAGUCUGUCCCUGAGAUGUCCCGGAGGGUUGAAAUAGCGACUCCUAGCGGGACGGUGCUCACGCAACGCUGGGGGCCGGGGAUCGAAUCUAGUUAUGGUUGGCAGGUGCCUAAUCGCUAUGAUCAUGUGGGAAACGCGCUGGUAGAAAUGGGUGGUGCCCCUUCACCCACUCCAACCUUCAGUCCAAAAGAAGAGUCCUCAAUGCGGGAGGCAUCCCCUCAGGGUUGGGGGGGGAAUAUCGCGGAUGCCGCUCCUAACCCGGAUACCCCGUCACCUACCAUACCAUCGCCCUCCCGAAAACGAGCCAAGAGGGCAGUGCGAAAUCCACAAAAGAAUGCCGCGUGGCUCCAUUGGCGCCAGGAUGUAAUAUAUAAGGCAGUGGAAAUAUAUUUAGAUCUGGAGGCAAAGAAGGCAGAACGCGUGCCCCUUGCCGCCCCCGACGAAACGUCGUUCGAACAGAACGGACAACUGCAUACACUUGCGAUGGCCCUGUGCUCUCGUUGCAACACGCCUCUCCGGUUUCAUUCUGUAAUGACGAUUGCGUUCACGAAUGCUGUGCGGCGUACAUUCGAAUAUUGCAAAUGUCCAUCCAAUACCCUCCCGCUUGGGAUCAUUCAGUGUGGCUACUUCCCUGGGUCACCGGUAAUGCCUCAAAUCGCCUUCCAUUUCGACAUUCUUUCGCUAUUCUCAGCUUUAAAUGUGAACUCCUCUACACCAAUUACCUCCUUUCAUACCGCCCUGUUUACGAUAUUGCAGGAGAAUGGCUAUGAAUUCUCCGCCAAGGAUCCCUUUCUAGGUUCGCUCAGUGAAGCAAUAACAUGGUUUAAAGCCCUACGCGACUUGACAGAGGUUGAAACGGAGAGAGAGUUCCUUCUGCCCACGGACCCUGUGGAGUCCGAUGCACCGCUAUCUAUUUCCACACCCCACGAGCUUACCCGUCACCUACCUGCGCAUAACGGGGACCCCACGAUCACCACAUCUGAGAGCAUGAUAUCCGGUGAUGAUGACAUACCGCCCUCCACAGAAACGACAACUGACUCUGCGUCAUUGACCCUUGCUCGAUCAAGGCUGUUUCGAAACCCCUCGCACAACAGGGCUAGCCCAUACCUCCGUGCGAGAUGCCUGCAAUGUUUCGGAGGCUCAACAUGGGGUGGUCCCGUCAACGAGAAUCCUGAUGUCAUUGUCGCUAUGGAUGGUAAUAUGCAACACAAGCAAUAUAUGUUUGUUGGCGGAGAGAUGAUUCUUCCCUGGAACGAAACCUGCAGUUUCCUGACCCGUGCUGAAGUCGGUGAAGCUGCCUGCCAUGUCUUUGAGGCGCGAGAUGCAUCUCGAAGCUCUUCGGGAUCUCGUCCUUCAUCUCUUGUGCCAGAUGGCGCUAUUGAGGAGUGCGAAGAAUCGCACCGAGCCACGAAGCAUGGAAGGCAGUCAGCGUCGAAAACCGAUACCUUCCGUUCGAAGGGUCUGAUGGCUACCGUCUGCCGCCAUGAUAUCCCCCUCUUUCUUUGUGACGUGGACACCCCGGGCGAGCAGCAGCACUUUUCCAUUGCCAUGCUCAUCGCACUCAGCCGCCAGCUGCCCUCAAACACCACCAUCGGAUUAAUGUAUGAUGUUGGGUGCGUUCUCGAUCGAUCAAUCGCUAAGUAUAAUCUUAUCCCCAACAUAGCUCCUAGAUUGAGUAUCGCCGUUUCGGUCUUUCAUGCGUAUGCACAUCAGUUCUGUUGCCAAAUCGCAUUCCACCCAUGGAAACGAAGUGGAUUUGGCAAGUCAAAUGGGGAGGGAAACAAGCAACUGUGGUCCUCGAUCGUAGACACGAUAGCGCCUGAACGUAUGAUGAGCCCAGCAAAGCGGAUAACAACUAUCGACAGCAAAAUCAAGCUGAUUGCCUCCCGGGGCCGAGAUCGUCUGGCUUCAUUGGCAAGGUCCAAAAUGGGUGCCAUCCAUCAACAGGAAGCCCUUACGACUGAUCUCCUUGAAACACUAAAGGAGAAUAGGGGAUUUACACCUCAAUUCCUUCAAUCCCAGUGGGAGGCACAAAAGACUCUGCAACUAUCCGCUCGAGCCUGUAUGCCGCUUUCCAACCUCAUGUUUGGUAUUAACCAACGUUUCCGUACUCUAGACAAUGACCAAGCUGGAAUGAAAAAGUUUGCCAAAUUGUUGGAAGCUGAACGGUCGGCUCAGGCGCAUUCGGAUGCCUUGGAUGCCGUAAAGAAGGAGCUGGACCGUAUCUCCCUGGCGCGAACGAUGUCUCACAGGCCUAUGGAUCUGAAGGAGCAUUAUCAAGCUGCUCUGCAUGUACGAUCAUUGCACGAUGAAUCCCAGGCACGCUUGCACGAACUGACAGCCCAAAUUGGUUUAUCCGAUUUGAAACUUCCGCAAAACCCAUCUGACAAAGAAAAAGAAUACAUCGAGAAGUAUAUUCUGGCUCGGUUCCGCAAGCAUUCUAUUCUUAUCCGCCUAGCUAAGUAUCAGGAUGAGAUGAACCCUAUUCGCAGCUCACAACGGCGUGGAGGACGACUAGUUACAAAAGUCGGAUACACAAAAAUGGUCUCGGUGCUCAGUAGCGCAAACGAGCGUGCCCGGAUCAUUUCUACGCAAGUCCGCCAAUAUAACGAGCUUGUCGACUACCUCGAGUGUUCCGAGAGACCGCCCUGGCUCCCAGAUUCUCUAAGCCACACAAAAAUGAAUGUCAAGGAGUUGCUUCAGAUGGAUCCCAGUGAUGAACGAUGGGCAAAGAUGUGGGAGACCUUAUGGAACUCCAACUGGUCCUUGGACGAAAAACCGCCUGCCUUUGUCAUUGAUCAGGAAGUUUGCCAUGGCAUAGUAGCAGUGCUAUCACUCGCUCGCAUAAAGGAAGAAAAGCUCAGGCUCGCUCGAGAGGAACUCAAUGCACGCACUUGGAUUGUCGAAUCGUUCGACUCGUUGGUCCAGAUCGUAGACAGUAUUCAUCCACUAUUCAAGUAUCGAUUACGGCUGCGCCUCAAGUCAUUGCUCAAAUGCCGCGACUCGAUCAUAAAUGGAUCAACUCCCAACGUCAAUCUCCGGCGUGCACCAAUACGUCAUCUACUCGAAAACCUAGAACGACCAGACCCCGCCGCUGCGCCAAGUUACAUAGACUAUACCUCCUUCCGCCUUCCCCUCCCUUAUUCCUCCACCUUGCCUUCAGGAAACAACAGCAUAGAUCCUGACGAUGACGUUGAGGUCAGGAACGAGCUGAGCGUACUUGAUGGACUUAUUAGAAUGAGCCCGGAGUCAGAUUUAGGUGGUGCUGAGGACAUCGAGCCCCCUAUCGACAGUGCCGGUGGCUCAGACGACCUCGAUGUGCCUGGAGAUAUCUCAGACGAUGAGUCUGAGGCACCACUGGAUGAGCCCACUGAGAGCGCUGAAACAGACGGUGGGCUCCAUGCCAAACCAGUUUCCCCCGAGGGGCUUUGGUCAGCAGGUCUGGACAAUUCCAACGAUGAGCAGAGCAUCGAGGAAAAGUUCUGGGACGAGAACCCUCGUCCUCAAUCCCUUCCUCCGAUUACAAUGAUCAUCGAUGCCAUUCGUUCACCCGGCCAAUCUGUUCAAGAACAAAUUCCAAAAAAGAUUUGGAAGGAAAUUAUGGAGCUGCAUUUGCCUCGAGAAACUGAAAGAAUAGCGAAUGACGGCCAAACGAGGUAUUAUAAACAUAUCUCAAUCUUCUGUGAUGCAUUGCCAACGGUCAAUCGCCUGCGGCGGAUACAUGGGACAAUAAUCGAUACCUAUAUCGAGAUGUUGAAAGAUCUUACCGACGAAAACCUGCGGGAUGUGCUCAGGACCACUCGACCCCGUGUGAUCAUGUUUCCUACCCAGUGUGAAGGAAUGAGACAUCAUUUGGCAGUUCGCCUAUUAGACCGAGAAAUGGAAAACGUGCGAACCGAUCUUUUUGAAGUAACCUCCUGGACGAUCCCAUGCUACUCACGGAAGCGGUCUCACUGGCUCCUUGGCGUUGUGAACUUCGAAAAACGAGAGCUCCGCUAUCUGGAUAGCAUACCUCUCCCUGAAACCUUCGACAUAAGUCAUCAUGGCCCACAGUGGGUUUUCGCAAUACUUGGGCAACUGGUUGAUGCCGUCUGGUCAUUCGUUCACCCUACCCGUGUAUUCGAUUGGUCUAAUUGGGGAUCCAGAGUAGUCACCAAAGAAACUCGCCAGUGGAACGGACACGACUGUGGCGUUUGGACUAUGGCUGACAUUCAGGCCGUGCAUAUCGGGCUCGAUGCCGCUCCCAACGGUACAAACGUCGAUCACUUUCGAAACAGGGUGAGGCACCAGAUCCUUUCCCUUCCCGUUUCAAAUCCACGCUGGCAGCCCACGUGGAAAACCUUGGACGCAAGUCUCCUUCGUGAACUGCGGUCGCAAGCUGCUAUGGUGGCCUCGAGAUUUCCUGUUGAUUAUGCCCAACUUGGGAUUGACCAUACUGACGCGCCGUUAGUGAUGGACGGUGAACAAGAUCAGAUAGAUUUGUCCGACUAG